AUGACCGCGCCCAACGGGGCUUCGGCGGGCAAGCCGCCGCGCCCCGCGCCCGGCGGCAUCAAGCUGCUCGUGCGCAAAGCGGCGGCGCCAGUGGAGGAGGCGGUGAAAAAGCUGUCUCUGGACGAGGGCGUGGCGGCCAAGAAGGCGGCAGGGGCAGCCCCCGUCAUCAAGGGUCCCAGCGAGCUGUACGCAGAGCUUCUGGAGGCGGGCGGGGGCGACCCCGCCGCCGCCGCGGCGCGCAUCAAGGAGCUGCUCGCGGCCGGCAGCCGCGACGCGGCGGCGCUCGGCGGCAUGGGCCUGCGCGAGGGCGCGCUGGAGAAGGCGACGGUGAAGCUCACAGAGGAGGAGGUGGCGGCGCGGGAGGCGGCCAUCGCGUCGGGCAAGAGCAUGGUGGACUACCUCAACUCCAGGCGCAUGGCGCGCAAGGAGUACGAGUACGAGGUGGUGUGGGUGGGGCAGCCCAACAGCGCGCGCAACAACACAUGGAAGGGGCGGGCGGAGCUGAUUGAGGAGGGGUACCAGAAGAUGGUCAACGACAUGGACGCCCGCCUGGCCAACUUCCGCAACUACCGCCCGCUGUCCACGGGGGCGGUGCUGGGCCACCUGGCCGACUUUGGGCUGGAGGAAGACAUCGCCGCCCACAACGCCAUCCGGGGGCUGUCGGGGGGCCAGAAGGUCAAGCUGGCCAAGCGGGAGGAGAAGCUGCGGGCGGCCGCGGAGAAGCUGGCCAAGCGGGAAGCCGCCAAGAAGCUGAAGUUUGCGCGGCGGCACUGA